CAGAGCUGUGUGAGGAUGGAGAGCGGAUAAACUGAGAACUGGCUCCAGAGGAGUUGCAUUAGAGAUGCCGGCCGAGGGGACGCUAAUGGUGCCAUGUGUUCACAAGAAAUUGGCGUGCACGUUUUGAGCCUCAUCAGAUUUCCGUGCAUGCACUCCGCGGAGAGUCUUUCCACACGGUGUGCCAGCAGUUGCUAUUUUUAGAAACAAUGUUGCAGUAGAGGAAUCAAUCAAACUGGGGCUAAAACAGUGCAUUCAUGACAAUCUGCUGCAGCCCUCUGAGAUUCCUAUCUGAGCUCACCGGGCCAUGCGACAGGAUGUUGCCUGUGUGUCUAUCCUAUCGCAGCUGAUGCCAAAUGAUGCCUUUUGCUCUGGUGCUCUUCAGGAAAGCACACCGGCGGACUGCAAACUUUUGCACCAUGGAAUCCGCUGCUCUCUCUGGCAACAGUGGCUGCAAUGCUUUUGGGACCUCAUGUAGUUCUUUCUCUUUUUGCAGUCUUAGAAUUUCUAAAGAACACUGCAGUUUGCGAUGUGAAUGAGAGUAAUUGGAUGAUAAAAGAGCAAGGAGCGUUGUGAUCUGACGAGAGGCGUUUUCUCAUCCUCUUUUACUUCUAUCGGGAGAGAGCUUAUUUUUGCUUGCUCUUAUGGGAAUUAAGCACUCGUCCCGCUGCAUGCUCCUCAGGAGAAAAAUGGCGGAUUCUGAGAGCAGUGAGCACCAACAGUCACUGCCACAGCCGAUCCGCAUAAUCCAAUCCCAGUCGGCACAGCCCACCUCGUUGCCCAAACCCGUGCCUUCCAUCCAGCACGCCCCGCGGCCUCCUCUCCCUCCUCACACCCCCCAUGCUGCCAGCCUGUCGAGCUGCCCUGGGAGGGGGAAGAUGGCCAAGUUCCUUAACCCGGAGGAGAUGACCUCUCGGGACUACUACUUUGACUCCUAUGCCCACUUUGGUAUACAUGAGGAGAUGCUGAAGGACGAAGUGAGGACGCUCACCUACAGGAACUCCAUGUACCACAACAAGCACGUCUUCAAGGACAAAAUAGUGCUUGACGUGGGGAGCGGGACCGGGAUCCUGUCCAUGUUUGCAGCUAAAGCAGGAGCUAAGCAUGUGUACGGG